AUGACUAAACAUGGCAACUACGAUAUACUUCAACAAUAUCUCAAGGUGAUGGCCUACCGCUCCUUGCCAAUCUUAUCCCUGCGUGACCUCAACCCUCUAAUUGAUAUGGGAGACGUACAAUUCAUGCGUCUACUGCUCACUGUUGUUGUUGUCAAUGACGAAGAGGAGGAGUACAAUCUAAUGGACAAUUUUAUAAACAGAUACACUUUCAAUCGAAGUGGAGUCGAUGUUGACAUGAUCAGGAUGCUGCACAGGGAGUUCAGCAUACAAUUUAAUCUAUCAAUAUGGCAAGGCAUACUCAAGCACUCGGUCAAGUGCAACAAGUUGGACAGUGUACAGUACAUCAUGGACAACAUGAAUCGUGAUAUGGAGACAUAUGAAAUCUCAAAGUUGUUAAAACAUUGCGCCAAGACUGGCAACAUCAACAUGUUCAGGUUGCUCACCAAGUCACAUGACCGCUACAUCGAGUAUCUCAGCGACUAUAUAAUCAAAGUGGCACUGGAUCAUGGUCAGGAUUCAUUCAUCAGCAACAUAUAUACGUCCAUGAUCUUGUCCAAGGCCACACCCCUGGUCGCCAUACGUACAGAUGAUCUCGCGGCAAUGGAGACACCCCCACCUUGCGACCAAUAUUUUGAGGAGAGUAUUAUUGUUAGACUGGAUCUCAAGACUUGUCAAAGGAUGUCAAGGGCGAUGGCUACACUCAUCAGUAGUCCACGUACGACACCCUUGUCAUUCGCACCUGAAUCCAUAUUCUCGAUGAUCAGAGCCAUUGGCCAGCCUCGCAGCAACAUAACCGAGGACAUCGUAUGUCAGUUCUUGGUCAACUGCAAUCAUGUGCAACUUGAAAGGCUGGACGGUGUGAUGGAGGUGGCCGCAUGCUGCUCAGCCAAAGUGAUGCGAUUGCUUCAUGAACGACCAUUCCAUCAAGAGUACACAUCAUAUUGCUUGUCAAAGGCGAUGAAGAUGAGAUGUGGCGAGACGUUGGCAUUGAUAUAUAAUCAACUUGAUGUGGAUCAAGAAUACGAUCUUAGACAAUCGAUAAUAAGCGAUGCCUACGAGUUUGUUGCCGAUGGAUCAUUGACAGACAUCAUUUUCAUGCUGGAAGGAUUAGAGUUGGUCAGACGCGAUACAGCCAUCUGCCAGCAUGCAAUGUGCAAUCCCGACGCAAAGGUGUUUGAACAUGUGAUCAGUAUGUUCACACGAGAACAACUGAUGCCAAACAAUGACACGACUAUCCUCAGGUAUAUAAUCAAUCACGCACUCAUUCAAAACAUGUUACCCAACAUUGUAAAGGUACUUCAACAACAUCCUGAUCUUGGUCUUGGACGAGUACUCGGACUUGGACUUGGGGAUGGCGACAUUGAGUCAUUCGUACGACCAACAUUACAGACACUUCACAAGAUGGCACAUUCCAAUGCAUAUCACUCAUUGGAGUACUACUUCGAGAGACCUACAUUCAUCAACAUGCCAUCCAAACAUCGAAUACGAACCCUCUACUCAAUCAUGAAUAUUGGAUAUGAGUGUGGAGCGACUCGUGUGAUCAAACUAUGUACAGAGCAUAUCAAUUCAAUCACAAUACAAGUCAAUCAUUCAAAGGAUGUACUCCUCCACAAUCGUCCAUGCUCACACCAGAUGGAGAUAGCCGUGCACUCUGUGUUUAGAAACUGGAAACUUGGAAUGCUCAUCAUGGAGAAUGUUGGACUGGUACACAAGUCACUUGGUGUUGAGAGUGAUCAUGUGAUCAAGGGUGCACAACUGAUCGACAAUCAUUGUCUGUAUGAUUACAUCAAAUAUGGUGCGACUGAAUGGUUCAUCCAGGCCUACUCCACGAUUGAGUUUGGUGAUAGUACAUAUACAAACACAUCAUUGCUACAGAUGGCAUUCGACCAGUGUAGUUAUAGAGUGAUCAAAGUACUUCUGGACAAUCCCAUAAUGACACUUCCAGUUGGUGACGGAGUGGAUCUGAUCAGUGAUACAUUCGUAGUGAAUGUAUCGUCGUGUAGUCACCCAGAGUGGGAGUGGAUGUUUGAUCAGUACAUCAUGAUCACAUUCCAAUCUGCACCAUUCACACUCAAACAAGACUUGGUUUCAAAAGUCCAACAUCCAUCAUUCAUGCACAAGCUCAUCGAGUGUGGAGUCAAGCUGGCAUCAUACCAAUUCAAUCACAAUGAGAUUGUCAAGGUAAUGGUCCAGGCAUGGCUCUUCAAACCUUGGGCGAUGGAGAUGCUUCGACUACUCGACCAACACAGGGUCACGUCUUCUCACUUCAACUUCCUUCUUUGUCGCGAAGCCAUCGAGCAUGGCAUCACACCUGUGGUCAAGCAUUUCUUUGACGCGUCACUCAGACAUUGGAUGGAGGCCGUUGAUACCUCGUCCAUUCAAUCAAUUCUCUCAACAUGUUGUCUUCAUGGACGUGUAGAGUAUUUGGAUAUGAUACUCUCACGCAUCCCGAAUAAUCAUGCCGUGAUGAAUCCCAGUGACUCACUGGAUUCAUUUUAUCUUGACCAAGAUCGAGAUGGUGGGAGUUAUGAUCACGAUGACAUGACAGAUGAUCAGAGAGCACUUAUGUUGGCACUGGAACGUUGUGACAUCGAGUCAAUCAAGAAGUUGAUGGAUCAUGUUGUGUCUCGAGGCAACAACAACAACACAGAUGUGACAGAGAAGUCGAUCGGCGAGUUGUUUGAUAUGAUCAAGAGCACGACAGGUCGGCAAUGCUCCAUGGGAUUGUUUGAGCUAUCAUUGACCCUGUCAAAGGCUGCAUCGAUAUCACUCUCAUUCAUCAAGUUGAUUGCCAGUCAACACUUCAUCAAGCACAAUGGUACCACAUCCACUGUUUAUGACAUGUACACAUCACAGUUCAAGGACAUCAUUGAUGUCUGUGUUGGGCGAGGCGAUGUAGAGUCCACCGAUUUUAUGAUCCAGUUAGCUUUCACUGCUACUGCCAUGGCUCGCGAGAAUAGAGACAUGAGUGGAGAAAAGAUACACAAGAUCAAAGACCUUAUCAACUUGGAGAACUGUAAUAUAUUGAUAUUGGAACAUCUACUGGACAAGGGAUACAUCAGUGUAGAUGAUCAAAAGUGUGAACUGGUGCAGAAACUUGUGGACUGGUCUUGUCGCGAGGAAAGAUUGGACAUCAUCCAAAUCAUUCAUCAACGAUGCGUCACUCCCCAGCAACUCAAAAGACAUCUUCCAUCGAUCCAUGAUAUUUUGAUCGCAUCAGAACGGAACAAUCACAGGGUGAUCAGAUACCUGUUCGAAUCUAAAGUCACUCCCUUCAGCCGAGCAAAUGUUGAUCUCCACAUGACAACCAUACUCAAUGCAAUCCGGUCCUUUGCCUGCCACGGCACGGUUAACAUCAAGAUCAUUGAAAUGUGCGAUAGAUUGAACAAGAUAUAA